CACAGUAGCAGAGCCUGAGAGACGGAGGCUUUGAUUUUAUCUUCUCCUUCUUUUGAUAUUUUGAGCGCACAGUAUUUGUGACAUAAAGCCCCCAUAUUGAACUCUGCCUUCAUAUGCAGCUGUAGAGGAGGAAUAUUCUUCACUCGCUUCUGACUUGACGACAUCAGACCCGGAGGAUAAAGAAAUUAACUGACAGAGAAUCAUCGUUCCGUAAGGUUAAAAAAAUGGAAUCUUCUACUCUAGAUUAUGACUACAGUCAGACUACAGACGAUUACAUAGAGAAUGGGCUGUGCAACCUCGACCCUGACCCCAUGGAGGUUAUCACCCAAACAUACAUCCACUCCAUCAUCUGCGCCUUUGGCCUGAUCGGCAACGCUCUUGUGAUUGUCACCUACAUAUUCUACAAGAGAACCAAAACGAUGACUGACGUCUAUCUCUACAACGUAGCUGUUGCAGACCUCAUCUUUGUGAUCGCUCUGCCGUUUAUCAUCUACAACGAGCAGCACAGUUGGUCAAUGGGUGCCGUGGCGUGCAAGAUGCUGAGGUCAGCCUACAGUAUCAACCUCUACAGCGGCAUGCUACUGCUCGCGUGCAUUAGUGGUGACCGUUACGUCGCUAUAGUCCAGGCCAGGAGAUCUUUCGGUGCGCGCACGCACGCUCUGACCUACAGCCGCCUUAUCUGCUCAGCUGUUUGGGUGUUUGCAGUGGCUUUAACACUACCCACACUCCUCUACACCGAGCGCUUUGAGGAGCAGACUCUGGGGGCUGAAACUGUCACUGUGAUGUGUCAGCUGUCUUUCAGCAAGAACCAAACUGCAAAGCUGAUGAAGGUGGUGGUUCCCAGCCUUCAGAUGGCUGUCGGCUUCCUGCUGCCUCUGUCGGUGAUGGUGUUCUGCUACUCCAGCAUUGUGUGCACGCUGCUGAGAGCGCAGAGCAGCCAGAGGCACAAGGCCGUGCGAGUGAUUUUGGCAGUUGUCGUGGUUUUUAUCGUUUGUCACCUCCCCUACAAUGUCACUCUGCUGAGCCACACUCUGUCGCUUUUUAAAGAGAGGAGCUGUAAGGUGGAAAGGAUGAAACUCCAAGUGCUGGCCAUUUCCAGGAGCGUAGCUUACCUCCACUGCUGCCUCAAUCCCAUCCUCUAUGCCUUCAUCGGGGUGAAGUUCAGGAGCCACUUUCAGCAGAUAAUGAGGGACUUGUGGUGCUUUAGCAAAAAGUACAUCUACAAUGCUCGCACGUCACGCGCCACGUCUGAUGUUUGCAUCUCAGGCCGCGUGUCUUCAGAUGGCUGCAACAACAUGACAUCAUUCAGUGCAUGACACUGUAGUGGUACAAACCUUCUACAGGGCGUUAUUAGCAAUGCCAGUGAUCAAACAGCUUCUUACUUUCCUAAACUCUUACUUUGCUCUUGCUGUACAUAAGCAGAAGUGAAAGUAGCUGUGCUUCAAUUUGAUAUUCUGUGAUAUUGUAGAAGUCUUAUUUUCCACACUGCUCGAAAAGGCACAGAUUGACAGUCAGUUUCAUUCGGAUAUUUUGUUGUAUUUUUCUCACCAUACUGUAAAAAAACCCUCUUUGUUCCAUGUAUUUCUAUGCAUGCAAGAUAAGAAUGUCACCACCUCUGUAUAUUGCUAAUCCCUUCAUAUUUUCCAGAACCAUAUACAGUACUUACUCAUAUUGUUAUAAUGAGUUCUUAUAUAUUGCAUGUCUGAUUGUAUUUUUCUGUCACACUUUCUGAAUAAACACGGCCUAUAAAAAAUAAACAUUUCUUUCCAGUUCUAUCCAAAAUUAAAUUGGAAAUCCAAGUC